AGGGAGGAGACCACACAUCCUUUUCCUGGAGUUUGGUUUCAGCUGGAAUAGUGCUGAGUCAACUCGUCUUGCACGAUCCUGCCACAGAAGAGAGAGGCUGAGUCAGGCCAGCCUGCUGUGGGAAACUUCGCACCAGAAUAGCACCCCUGUCAGGUUGCUAGGAAGUGGGGGGCACCGCGUGCCCGUGGCAGCCAGCGUUAUGGUUGCCUUGCAGCUCAGCCCUGUGUGCAGGCACUUGAGAUUGGCCACCUACAGUCCGGCUUAGCAGCUACUUGAUUCUAACUUCUUGAGGCCCUGCCAGUUGAUGAUAGCUUCACGAAUGCUACCGCAGUCAGAUCAGACCUCGUCGGCUGCUGUCCUAAUGUCAAGAGCACUUGGCAUGGUUUGGGUGACAAGGAGCAGGCUCCCAGGAGUAAAAGUCCCUCGCAAUUUUCGACUGUUGGAAGAACUGGAAGAAGGCCAGAAAGGAGUAGGAGAUGGCACAGUUAGCUGGGGUCUAGAAGAUGACGAAGACAUGACACUUACAAGAUGGACAGGGAUGAUAAUUGGGCCUCCAAGAACAAUUUAUGAAAACCGAAUAUACAGCCUUAAAAUAGAAUGUGGACCUAAAUACCCAGAAGCACCCCCGUUUGUAAGAUUUGUAACAAAAAUUAAUAUGAAUGGAGUUAAUAGUUCUAAUGGAGUGGUGGACCCAAGAGCCAUAUCAGUGCUAGCAAAGUGGCAGAAUUCAUAUAGCAUCAAAGUCGUCCUGCAAGAGCUCCGGCGCCUAAUGAUGUCUAAAGAAAACAUGAAACUCCCUCAGCCGCCCGAAGGACAGUGUUACAGCAAUUAAUCAAAAAGAAAAACCACAGGCCCUCCCCCUCCCCCCCUCCCAUUCGAUUUAAGCAGUCUUCAUUUUCCACAGUAGUAAAUUUUCUAGAUACGUCUUGUAGACCUCAAAGUACUGGAAAGGAAGCUCCCAUUCAAAGGCAAUUUAUCUUAAGAUACUGUAAACGAUACUAAUUUUUUUGUCCAUUUAAAAUAUAUAAGUUGUGCUAUAACAAAUCAUCCUGUCAAGUGUAACCACUGUCCACAUAGUUGAACUUCUGGGAUCAAGAAAGUAUAUUUAAAUUGGUUCCCAUCAUAACUGGUGGGGCACAUCUAACUCAACUGUGAAAAGACACAUCACACAAUCACCUUGCUGCUGAUUACAUGGCCUGGGGUCUCUGCCUUCUCCCCUUCUCCUCCCCCUGCCUCCCUCCCUCCCUCCCUCCUUCCCUCCCUGCAACAGCCCUCCAGCUUGGGGUGGCUUGCUAGAGUAGGUGUGAAGGUUUCAGGUCACAGCCUGUGGGACUACUGCUGGGUGUGUGGGGGUGCUCCAGCUGCACCCCUGCUUUUUUUUAAGUCUUAAAUGAUGCCCCCCACCACCACACCCCCCCCCCCCAAGCCAUUGUCCCUUCUUCACUUUCCACCACCACCCUUGGCCGAAGCAUAGAUUGUAACCCCCUCUGCUCCCCUCUGAAAUUGGCCUUUGGUGAGGAAUUCAGGGCUCUCCCCAUAUCUUCUCCCCCACCUUAAUCGAGGGGUGCUGCUUUUUCCUUCCUCCUCCUCAACUCCCUUUUUGUACCAUCACCACCCAACACUUUUCACAAUACUUCCUUGCUUUGGCCAGAAGCCAUCAGGUAAGGUUGGAAAGAGUCUCUGACUUCCCUCGUUUAGUUUUGGAGCCACAUUUACUCACUCUCCACCAGCCUGGGAAGGAAUAUUGGGUCCUCAGCCCUGCCACCCUCUGCUGUCAUCGUCAGCUGAUGCGGUUUUUUAGCUCAGGUUUUGAUAAAGUGAAAAGAACAGUCACCAGGGGUACUCACACCUGCCAGCUCUCAAAGUUCUUGGUGGUUAAACUUGGAGAAAGGCCACAGAAGACACUCGUAAGCACACACGAUCCCUCUGAAUGAAUUUUCUUUUCCUGUAAUUGCUUUUGCUUUUAAAAAUUGAAGAAGUUUUACACAGGGUUCUCAUGUGGUCAUCUUGCAAUCCGUUUGGGUCUAGUUUGGAAUGUGGCAACUGGAACAAAAAGAACCUUGAAUUCGGUGCAUACUUUGGUUUUGGUGCUGCUGUUUCUCACGGUCCUCAGCAGGGAUUGAAAAAGAACUCGGUGUGCACAGCAGAUCCCCGAAAUUGGCGGGCUUGACUUCCUGGCAAAUUGCUGCGUUUUUCCACUUUUCUGUUCAGGACCACUAAAUGCUGAGAUGUGGAUGCAUACCGAAAUAAAAGCGAUUCAUUGUGUUCUAAA